UUUUUUAAUCGUUUUUUUUUUUGCUAAAAAUUACUUGUUUCUGAUUGUGAUGGUAUACAUUUUUUUGCUGUAAAUUAAAGUUGGCGGUGCAAGUGGGUGGUAAAUGUGAAAGUGUAUAUAUUUUUAAAAGAUUAUUUUUCUAAAAUCAUUGGACUGCCCCUAAUUUGCACCAAACAUUUUUUAUACCAUUACAAUCAAUGGAAGAAGGAGGAGCAAGCCCACUUUUUCUUUUUUUAGCUGAGCGGGCCUUAUUCUUUACUUAUUUUCAAACAAUUUUAGUUGUCAAACGAACUCGUUUACACAGUUUUAGCAAUUGUUUUCCCAAAUUACACAAGUGCUGGAAAUGUCCACUGGAAUAUUAGAUUAGGUACUAAAAUUUAGGUCAACUCGCCUUAACAAAGAAAUCGUUUAGAAAAAAAAACUAUUAAACAUCUGGCAGCCCGAGAUGCACCCAAGUCUGGCAGCGCCCAUCGCAUUGCACACAGCACAACCGAAUAUCGAUUUCGAAGAUUCGAAUUCAACAAGAGCGACACAAGCAUCAACUGUCAAGCGCACCGAGAGAGAGCGCCCAAUCAGGAAAAGAACAAAUGUGCAAACAAGCGCCGCGCCGCAACGCGUGAGAGAGCACCCAACACAAGGAGCAGUCGCAUUCGCAGUAGCAGAGUUGAAAAAGUUUGCGGGCGGGUUACACAUUAAAAAGUCGAGUGCUCGAAGAAAUUUGUGAAUUACUCCAGCAAAACGAAUUGUAUUAAUUGGAAUUUAUCAAUAAAAAUUGGUAAAAAGUGCAAGUGCAUAGUGGUAAUUGAAGAAAACGUUGCUAGUGCUGUGAUAAUUGAUUUAAUGAAAUGUCCAUGAAACGACCCAACGAUAUUUGAAUAUAUACACACGUAUGUACAGAAGUUUGUAUGUAAGCGAUUAGAGAAGAGAGUAACGCACUGUAACAAAAGAAAGUAAAGAAUAAAGAGUGCAGCGAAUUUGUGUAUAUUUUAAACGAAAAAUAUAAAGAAAAUUUAAACGAGUAGCAAAACAAGAAACAACUAAAAGUUACAAAAAAAACACCACAAAAUAAGCAUUCGAACGCAUAAUAAACGCCACAGAUCUACAAAUUACAAAAAAAAAAAAAAAACUGCAUUAGCAGCAGCAGAAACUCAACAACAAAAACAGCAAACAUUUAUAACAACUUGUGUUCAACAGCAAGCGCUUUUUAUUAGUAAUUGCAUUGCAAUAGAUUUGCUUUUGAGGAAGAAGCAAAACACUUUGGUUAUUUUUCACUGUCAAGCACAAAAGUACGAACCACUUAAAACAUCAUGGGUUGCACCACAUCGGCCGAGGAACGUGCUGCCAUUCAGCGCUCAAAACAAAUCGAGAAAAACCUAAAGGAGGAUGGCAUACAGGCUGCGAAAGAUAUUAAACUUUUACUACUGGAAUGAUGCAAAAAUGGUAUUUGAUGUUUGCCAACGCAUGCACGACACGGAACCUUUCUCAGAGGAGCUUUUGGCUGCCAUGAAACGAUUGUGGCAGGAUGCUGGUGUUCAAGAGUGCUUCUCACGUAGCAACGAAUAUCAAUUGAAUGAUUCCGCUAAAUAUUUCCUCGAUGAUUUGGAUCGGUUAGGCGCCAAGGAUUAUCAACCAACCGAACAGGACAUUCUACGCACUCGUGUCAAGACGACCGGUAUUGUUGAAGUGCACUUUUCCUUCAAAAAUCUCAAUUUCAAACUAUUCGAUGUUGGUGGUCAGCGGUCGGAGCGAAAGAAAUGGAUACAUUGCUUUGAAGAUGUGACUGCGAUUAUUUUCUGCGUUGCCAUGUCUGAGUACGAUCAAGUCUUGCAUGAGGAUGAAACUACGAACCGAAUGCAAGAAUCUUUGAAGUUAUUCGAUUCCAUUUGCAAUAAUAAAUGGUUCACGGACACCUCCAUUAUUUUAUUUUUAAAUAAAAAGGAUUUGUUUGAGGAAAAGAUUCGCAAAAGUCCAUUGACAAUCUGCUUCCCAGAAUAUACAGGCGGUCAAGAGUACAGUGAAGCUGCUGCGUAUAUUCAGGCCCAAUUCGAAGCGAAAAACAAAUCAACCUCGAAAGAAAUCUACUGCCACAUGACGUGUGCCACCGAUACGAACAAUAUACAGUUCGUUUUCGAUGCGGUAACGGAUGUGAUUAUUGCCAACAAUUUGAGAGGCUGCGGUCUGUACUAAACCAAAACCCGAAAACCCAGCAAAUCCAGUGCAAGCAAACUAAACAAGUACCGCAUUGCAUUGCAAAGAUCAUUGUCGGGACGCCAUCACCACCGCUCCAACAACAACUACUACUACUUCGGCCACUAUUAACGCUGCAAAGCUACUAUUAAUUAUUUAAAAUGACAACUCAUCAAAAAACUAACUGCAGAGCGGAGAUUUAAGAAUUUUUAAUUUUUAAUAAUUUGUUUCAAAAAAAUAUCAGCAAAGCAAGACGCGUUUGUAAGCAUUCGAAAAUGGCUUUACAUUUCGGAUGUUUUGGUGACAACCAACACCUAAGUAUGAACUUCUGUGUUUAGUUACAAUGUUUGCCAUUUUGUUUACAAGAUUUUACUAAAUAUUCAAUGAAAUUAUAUUAAACUGCAACAAAUUUAUGUGAUUAUAAUGCAAUGACGACGAUGAUGGUGAGUGAUGGAUAGCUGGUUGAAUGGUUUGUUAAAGCGUUAAUGCCGUUAAAUUGAAGCCGAAAGCUAAAGCAGCAACAACAGCAGCAGUAGCUAUGAGCGGAAGAGCGAAAUGUACAUUUUAGUCAAGAAAAAAUUAAAUAAAACAAAAACAAAACGCACACACACACACAACACACAAAGAGAAACACAUGCAUAAACAUACACAUACACAUACAAAACAAACUUCAUUAAUAAUUAAGCUUAUUAAGAAGAAGAAGAGGAAGAAAAUGGAAAAGCAAACCAAAAUAACAAACAAACAAACUUUAUAAUAAUAUCCAGUAAAAAUUUAACACAAAAAAAAAUUAAUAAAAACAGGCAAAUUUAAGUUCAUAUAGAUACGUUGAUACAAACAUAGAUUAAAAAACAGGUCGUUGUAAUGUAAAAUUAUUUUUUUUCCAAAUCACUGUAAAAAAGCCGAAUGCUUUAGUAUAUGUAUGUACUAUAACUACAUUAGCCACAAACUAAUGAAGUAAGCAAACAAAAAUACAGUGAGAAGUACAUAUACUUGUAAAUCAAAAAUUCGAUUUAGAGCAAAUGCACUACUGGUACUUCUUUCUAUUACAUAGUAGUACAUAGUAGUGUGUAUGUACAUAUGUACUACUAUGAAAACUAUAGUAGGCUGCUAUUUAAAUGAUACAAAAACACAAAUAAAAUGAAAAUUAAAACAGUGACCCGGUCAUACGUUGCAAAACAAAAUCGACAUCAAAGUACAUAGAAACAUUUAUACAUACAUACAUAUUUAAUAACAAAUUGAUUUCCUUUGCAAGUGAGAAUGCUGUUGGCGAACACGCACACUACUACGAGUACAUUCAUACAUUAAUACAUACAUACAUGUUGAAAAAUUAGCACAAACAAGAACGAAACGUACACACAAAUACACAAUUCAUAACUUUAAAUAAUAGUAAUGCUAAAAAGCACAGCACAAAAACCCAUACUAUUUGUGUGCAGUCGUACAUUUCGAUGGUGCUCUGCAAUAACGACACAACUCCAAACUCAAUAAAGCAAAAAUCUCACUACUGUCUCUAAUCCUUGCCUAAUCCAUCAUUGUCUAUUCCUUACUACUUACUUUAGUAAUACUUACUACCUAGUAAGGAUUAGACAGGGACUAGAAACAUCAUGAGCCACUUAACACUAGUAAGUGUGUAUUUUUUUAAGUUUUGAGUUGUAUCGUUUUUGCAGAAUACCAUCGAUUUGCAUGUACGUAAGUGACACAAACAAACUGCUUAUAAAUACUAUUGUUAAUAUUUAUUUUUAUUUUUUUUUUGGAAACCUAAUUUUUGUAUAUCUUUUUAUUUAGCUAUUUAUAUUUAACGGUAGGCUGCGCGCAAUAUUUUUCUUUUUAAUUUCAAGGCAAAAUUUAAUAAAACCAAGCAAAAAUGCAAUUAUUUAAAAAAAAAAAUUUUUUUUUUAGAGACUUAAGAAUUUACGUUUAUACUUUGUAAUUCAUUAGUAGUUCAAUGCCAUUAAAAAAGCGACUCUAAACUGUGGUUAUAGAUUUCUAAAUGAUUAUUUUUUUUUUUCAUUGGCCAAAUUUACGACUUGUCAUCUGAGUUGUGAACAGGGCAAAUUGAAAGUGUUUAAUGUAGUAAACCUUUUUAAGAAAAUUUAAAAAAAUGUUAUGUCUUUUACUUCCGUUUGAUCCUCUCAUGCACGGUCUGAUAAAUUUUAAAAUUGAUUGGUGAAAUUGGGGAUAAGAUUGUUAAAAUUUAAAAUAACGUAAUUUUAUUAGGAAAUUUUGCCAUUUUAAAUUUCAGCAGUCUGAUAAACUAUAAAAUUGAUUGGUUAAACCUGGGCAUCAAUUUUCUAUUCACAUUUUUGGCCACUGUAAAACUUAUUACUUUUCGGUUAUUUAAAAUGAAAUUUUAAUUGUUGAAAGUUCAACUCAAACUCCCGGAAAGUACGCUCUUCAGCUUGACGGUUUAGCGCACGCUUACCUUCUUUCACAAACUUUUUUUGACAACAUUCUUCUAUUUAAACAAUAGCCACGUCAUUUACCGAACUGGCCGUUUUUGUGAAUUUAAAAUUUUCGUCAAGGAACGAGUAGCUCGCAAAGAGUAUGACUGAUAUAAUAAAAACAAAGUUGUAACUUCUUAAAGCUAAUAGCCCAUUUCCACGAAACGCUUAACUGUUGUUAGGUGCCCAAAUAAGUUGCAAGGAAUUUAACAAGCGGUGAUUUUUCUUAAUUUUUUCUUUUUUUCCUUUCGCUUGCUUGUACUUAAUAUGAGCAAUUAGCUCCUUCGAGUUGUAAUCUGAUUUUUCCAAUAGGCAUAAACCCCAGUGAGUGGUGUAAAUGAACCAUAAAAUGCUGUUAUUUGUUUUCUAGAAUUAUAUUUGCAACAAAACUCCCUAGUCGGGUGAGCCCAACAUAAUUUCGUUGCGCAGAAUCGACUUUCAGUUUUUCAUAUAUCUACUACUUCUUUACAUACUACUUUUGUGCAUUUUUUUCAUAUAUGUACAUACAUAUGUACGUAUGCAAGUGUGAAUACGAGUUGUUCCGAGACUGUUGAGUACAUUUUUUGACACUCCUUUGAAUGCUAAAAGAAGUAUUACUUUAAUCGAACUUGCAUUUUUUAGUCGAUAACACAUUUGUCGGAAAACUCAUCCCCUACUACAAUGUUGGAUACUUUUCAACAAAAUUUCUAAAAUUUGCCAAUAAAUCGUUUUCCAUUUUAUAAAAUAAUCUGGAUAUAAAAAUCUCAAAAAAAGAAAAUCAGCCAUGGAUAGUAUUUAUAAUGAAAAUGUUUAGAAAUAUGUAUAUGUAUGCCUGCCUGUAAAGUCUUAACGACUUCGAAAGCCGCAACGUCUGCAAAACCUGGAGCUUCAGCUUUAAGGAGCCUGAGAACAUUUCUAAUUACGACGAAGCGAUUUAAUUGAAACUGUUAGUAUUUUAAACUGCUGUGAAUUAAAGUUAAUUUUUUUUUUUUGAUUUCUGUGUAUUCUUAAAGCACAUUUGCUCGGCGCUUUUCUUCUAAUUGAAAAGCGAUCAGCGGUUUCUAACUUUCAAAUUGUCACAAUUUGAAACCGCUCGACUCAGUGUAAAACAUUUGAAACAAAUUGAAAUUAUUAUUACAGAAUAUUCCGUUUUUUCAUGGUUUCUUAUAUAAGGGCGCACACCAAAAGCCUUUUUUGAAAAUAGAUCGUCGAUAAGGCGAUUAGCAACUUCGACUAACCGCUCACCGUCGAGUAGUUUGAAAAUCCACCAGCAGAAAUUAUUCAAGCAGUGGCAGUUUUUAACAAAAAUUGUAUUCAUUUCAAUACAAGUUUUGUCGCUAAACAUAAUUAUUUAAACACAUAUAAAAAUAAUCUAAUGUUUAUGGAAAGAAAGUGCGUGCAUUUGCAAAAAAAACAAAGUUCGCCAUAUCUCAAAAUCGGAAAAGCAGCUUGUCGAAAAAUCGAAAAUGAGCGAUUAGUCGACUAGUUGUUUAUGGAACAUUAGUUGAAAAAGUC